AUAAAUGAAGAGUUCCGAAGGUGCAACACUAUUCCCCUGGAGUCGACGUUUAUCUCCCAGCUGGACAAGUACACGCCAAAGUUCCUGGAGUUAUUCAGCUCAAAGGGAGGGGCCGUUGGACAGCGCAUGAAGAGUGUGUUGAUUGAACUGAUAAAGGACCCACAUGCCUCAGUGAUGAAGAAGCGGGACGUGACUCUGAGAUGCCUCAUCGAGUACAUGGGGGAGAGUGUGCAGGAGCUCAUCUCUGAUUAUUAUAGAACAGCCGAGGAUCAAGUUCAUGAGGACCUCAAUACACAGGGUAUGAGGAUCUAUGUUUGUCACCAGCCGGAUGCGGUGGGCAUCAUCAUCGAUGGAACUCCGGUGCUGACUGGUCUGGAGAACAUGUCCAGAGCCUGCUGCCUUCUCCUCGGCCUAACCUACGCCCUAAACCUGGAUUAUCCUCCCAAACUCGCCAAAACGUUUGAAGUCUUUCAAAGACUGUUUGUAGGACUUGAUAUGCUGCAGCCAAAACCAUCAUCAAAGUACAUCAACUUGAAAAACAAACUCUUUCUCUGAGCACUGACUCUAUUCAUCCACAGCUCUGUUUGGUACCAUGUAAACUAAGGGUUUAAACACUGAGGCUAGGAUUUAGGGCCUUCCAGCUCAGUUCUUUGGAGAAUGAGUGCUGUAUAAGCUGUCAAUGUUAGUAGUAGCUAAUCUGUUUUUUACCUAAUGAGACAUGUUGUACUGUAGAUCAAACUUUUAUAUUAACAUCUGUUAUGGGAAAUAUAUUAUACUGAUACACAUUUUAACAUUUAAAAAAUUACUUUUGCUUUUAUACAUUUUGUAGACAUUUUAGUUUGGGGGUGACUGAAGAGAAUGUAUGAAUACGUUUACAUACAGCAUUCAGAAUACAAGCAGAAUUAUGAUUUUGUAUAAACAAAUGAAAGAAAGUUAUGUAAUUUGUUCCUCAGUUUAUCUGUUUUCACAGACUUCCACGUCAAUAGUUUAUUCUUGUAUAAAUUACUAUGACCUUGAAAAAGUUUAGGUUUAGCACAGAUUUCAGAACAAUCUAAAGAAAAUUAUGUCGUCAGUGUUGUGGAGGCAGAAUACUUUUCUUUUUUCUAUUUGAUGGAAAUUAAAAGCAUUGACAUGAUUUGGAUAUAAAUUGAAUUGACUAUAGCAUUGUGAACAUUUUAUGUUAUUAUUUGUGAAUAUAAGCUACAUCUAUCAUAUAUUUUUGUUAUAUUGUAUAUAGGAAAUUUUAUUUUUCAACAGAAAUUAUCAUCAUCGUCAUCCGCAUAUUCGGGGUUGGGUCGCGGGGGUAGCAGGUCCAGCGAGGACCCCAAACUUCUUUCCCUGGCCACAUUGCCAGCUCUGACUUGGGGAUCCCGAGGCGUUCCCAGGCCAGUGUGGAGAUAUACUCUCUCCAACCUGGUCCUCGGUCUGCCCCAUAGCAUCCUCCCAGCUGGAACAUGCCAGGAAACACCUCCCCUGGGGA